UCAAAAGGGUCACAGAGCGAGGGUUUCUAACCUACCUAACCUAAAUACGAAAUAAUCAAAACAUCCAAACAAAACAAAUAAUUUGAUGAAUUUAUGAAUUCAAGUCGUCAAUUUGUAUAAAUCAACACCACACAAUAAACAUGGAGGAUCUACCCUCCACUAGUACAGCGAAACCUAAGGCUGGUUCUAAUAAGAGAAGGAGAAGACGGGAGAGUGGAUCUAGUGACGAAGAAAGAUGGUUAACAGCAAUUGAAUCUGGGAAGUUGGAGGAUGUUGAUGACGAAUUGCAAAAAAUUAAGCCGAAAGAUCCCUCCUUGAUGACUGCACGACAAAGAGCAAUUUAUGAUAGAGGUAGUGAAGGCAGCACUCAAAGUAUUCCUACUCUGAUGUCUUUGCCUACGGGAUACAAGGAAAAAGUUAUGACUGCUGAGGCAAUUCAAAAAGCUGCCAUCAAGUCCCAGAAGCGUAAGCAGCUGGCCGAUGAAAAGAGGGAAAAAGAUAAGAAAAAAACGAUGGAACGUCUACUCAAAAAGCAAGAUUCCAAGAUAUCGAAAUACCCAAGAAACAAGACCACCAAGACUGUCGCACCUGUUAUUUCGUAUAAACAAAAUCUGAAUUCAACUAGUUUGUUCUUUCCAGAAAAUGAAUUUCCUUUGAAAGAAAAUCAAGUGGCAAAAAUUCCUGCUCCUAAAUAUUGCGGCAUGGAAUGUGGAAAUCUGAGAAAAUACGCUUGUUCCGUUACUGGUGUACCUCUGUGUAGCUUAGAAUGUUACAAUAAAAAUAGAAUUAAGCAUCAUUUUUGAUGUUACAAUUGUAUAUUAUGUAAAAGUGUAGUGGUCAGAGAAAUAUUUUUCUAGUUCAGUAAAAAUACUGUUUUAUCUUCUUGUGUUGAAUCUGUGAUAUUAAAUUUUUAAUAAUUUUAACUAUGAAAAUGUAGUUGUUCAGAAAAGGUAUAAUUAAAAUUGGUUUGGAAA